AACAAAUAUAAACCCCCCAAAAAACAGGUGAUGCUCUCGCCCGGAGCAACUCGGGACCCCCCAACUCCUCCCCGAGCAUCCCUUGAAAAGAAAUAAAUGCCAAUUAAAAUAAAAAUGAAAGGAAAAAACCGUGGGCAAGCGGUUUCCCGGCCGUGCCCCCCCGGCCCCCCAGCCAGGUGCGUACUCACUUCGCGGCCCAGGUACAAGCCACCCUCAACAAUAGAGGCGCGUUGUUUUUUUCCCUCUGUGCCAAGCACAAGGCUGGAGCCAAUUUAGAUAUGCUAUAAAUUAAGAGGUUGCCAUGGUUACCGCCCUCCCAUUGGCCGCAUCCCGCGUGACGCGGCGCUCGGCGUCACCAAAUCUGAAUAAGGAUGCGCGAAUUACUAAGGCGGGGGACAAAGCUGGCGAUGGGGACAGCAUGAGAGUGGCGGCGCGGCGGCGGCGGAGCACAGCGAGGCACCGGGGCUGCCGGCUGCAGGGGGGGGUUCAUGCACCCCUCCCGCCGCGCCCGCUGCCGCAGAGCCCGCCAGCAGCGCGGCCGCCGCUCCGCCGGCUCCCGGGCCGCUCCGCACGCACCGGAGGGCGAUUUGGGGGGGUGUUUAGUAUUAUUGUUGUUAUUAUUUCUCGGGGGUGGUUUGGAUUAUUUUGCGGGGGGGCAUCGUUUUUUCCCUCCCGUCGUCGAGGCUCCGGAGAGAAGAGGGGGAAGAACUUGACAGCCGCCCCGCUGCCCUCCCCUGAAUUUUUUGUUGUUCCUUCUUCUGUAUUUUGUUAGUUUUUUAUUUUAUUUCAUUCGAUUUUAUUUUCUUUUGGGGCUUUAUUUUAUUUUAUUUUUAUUCUCCUUUAUUUUAUUCCAUUUUAAUUUAUUUGAUUUCUUACAUUUAAUUUCAUUUGACUCUAUUAUUUUUCCUGCCUUUUUUGUUUUUGAUUUUUUUGUUUGUUUGUUUGGUAUUUUAUUUUAUUUUUACAUUAUUUUCCUCUGCUUUUUUGUUGGUUUGGUAGGUUUGGUUUUUGUGGGGUUUUUUUUGGUCGGGGUUUUUUUGUUUGUUCGGUUGGGUUUUUUUCUUUUUUCGCCGCCGCCGUGUGCCGGCGCGGGGCUGGCUUCUCCUUUUGAGCGUCUCCAUCCCCCGGCGGAGGUUAUGAUGGUGCAUUGUGCGGGCUGCGAGAGGCCGAUUUUGGACCGGUUCCUACUGAACGUCUUGGACAGGGCAUGGCAUAUCAAAUGCGUCCAGUGCUGCGAGUGCAAGUGCAACCUGACCGAGAAAUGCUUCUCCAGGGAAGGGAAACUCUACUGCAAAAAUGACUUUUUCAGGAGGUUUGGUACCAAAUGCGCCGGCUGCUCCCAAGGGAUCUCUCCCAGCGACCUCGUCCGGAAAGCCCGGAAUAAAGUCUUUCACCUGAACUGUUUCACCUGCAUGGUCUGCAACAAGCAGCUCUCCACGGGCGAGGAACUCUAUAUCAUCGACGAAAACAAAUUUGUUUGCAAAGAGGAUUAUUUGAACUCUCCCAGUUUGAAGGAAGGCAGCCUCAACUCAGUGUCCUCAUGUACAGACAGGAGUUUGUCCCCGGAUCUCCAGGACCCCAUGCAGGACGACACGAAGGAGACGGACAACUCGACCUCCUCGGACAAGGAGACCACCAACAACGAGAACGAGGAGCAGAACUCGGGCACCAAGCGGAGGGGGCCCCGCACCACCAUUAAAGCCAAGCAGCUGGAGACCCUCAAAGCCGCCUUCGCCGCCACCCCCAAACCCACCCGCCACAUCCGGGAGCAGCUGGCCCAGGAGACCGGCCUCAACAUGAGAGUCAUCCAGGUGUGGUUCCAGAACCGCCGGUCGAAGGAGCGGCGGAUGAAGCAGCUGAGCGCGCUGGGCGCCCGCCGGCACGCGUUCUUCCGCAGCCCCCGCAGGAUGCGGCCCCUCGGCGGCCGCCUCGACGAGUCCGAGAUGCUCGGCUCCACGCCCUACACGUACUACGGAGAUUACCAAGGUGACUACUACGGGCCGGGAGGCAACUAUGACUUUUUCCCCCACGGGCCGCCCUCCCAAGCCCAGUCCCCGGCCGACUCCAGCUACCUUCAGAACUCAGGACCCGGCUCCACACCCCUGGGACCCUUGGAGCCCCCCCUAAGCGGACACCACUCCUCAGAAAACCAAAGGUACACGGAUAUGAUCUCGCACCCCGACACCCCCAGCCCCGAGCCGGGGAUGACGGGCUCGCUGCACCCCAUCCCGGGGGAGGUCUUCAGCGGGGGGCCCAGCCCGCCCUUCUCCAUGUCCAGCAAUAGCGGCUACAGCGGGGCUCUGUCGCACCCCAACCCGGAGCUCAGCGAGGCGGCGGUGUGGUAG